UCGCAGCCGCCGCAGUGCCGGCCUCCGCUCCCGGGUCCCCAGACAGACAUGUCCAGCCUCCACGCUCUGUGCUCCGGCCUGCCCCUGCUGCCGCUCCCCGAGAACCGGGGCCGCCAGCCCGGGGUGCCCCACGCCCCCGUCCGGACCCCAGCGCUCAGCCCCGAGGAGGAGCAGCUGGCCCUGCGGAACGCCCUGCCUAUCUUCCCGCCCGGCCUGCACGCCCUGCUGGCCCCCGAGUUCGCCCAGGAGCUGCGGCUGUACGGGCACAUCUACAUGUACCGCUUCUGCCCCCGCCUGAGAUGAGGGCAUACCCCAUCGACCAGUACCCCUGCCGGACCAAAGCGGCCUCUGCCAUCAUGCACAUGAUCAUGAACAACCUGGACCCCGCGGUAGCCCAGUUUCCACAGGAGCUCGUGACCUAUGGAGGAAACGGGCAGGUGUUCAGCAACUGGGCUCAGUUCUGGCUCACCAUGGCCUACUUGUCCAAGAUGACGGAGGAGCAGACGCUGGUCAUGUACAGUGGGCACCCGCUGGGCCUCUUCCCCAGCAGCCCCAGUGCCCCGAGGCUGGUCAUCACCAAUGGCAUGGUCAUUCCCAACUACUCCUCCAGGAGCGAAUACGAGAAGCUCUUUGCUCUGGGAGUUACCAUGUACGGGCAGAUGACGGCGGGCAGCUACUGCUACAUCGGCCCCCAGGGGAUCGUCCAUGGCACGGUGCUCACAGUGCUGAACGCCGGGCGGCGGUACCUGGGGCUAGAGGACUUGGCUGGCAAGGUCUUCGUCACCUCCGGCCUCGGUGGAAUGAGUGGGGCUCAAGCCAAAGCGGCAGCCAUCGUGGGGUGCAUUGGAGUGAUAGCAGAGGUUGACAAAGCCGCCCUCGUGAAGCGCCACCAGCAGGGCUGGCUGAUGGAAGUGACGGACAGCCUGGACCACUGCAUCGCGAGGCUCAGGGAAGCAAGAAAGAAGAAGGCGGUGCUCAGCCUCGGCUACCAUGGCAACGUGGUGGAUCUCUGGGAGCGACUGGUGCUCGAGCUGGACACCACCGGGGAGCUGCUGGUGGACCUCGGGUCCGACCAGACGUCCUGCCACAACCCGUUCAACGGCGGCUACUACCCCGUGCAGCUCAGCUUCGCCGAGGCCCAGAGCCUCAUGGCCUCCAGCCCCGCCGCGUUCAAGCGCCUGGUGCAGGAGAGCCUGAGGAGACACGUCGCCGCCAUCAACCGGCUGGCCAAGGAGAAGUUCUUCUUUUGGGACUACGGCAAUGCCUUCCUUUUGGAGGCGCAGAGAGCAGGCGCAGACGUGGAGAAGAAGGGUGCCAACAAGACAGAGUUCCGCUACCCCUCCUACGUCCAGCACAUCAUGGGGGACAUAUUCUCCCAGGGGUUCGGGCCUUUCCGCUGGGUGUGCACGUCGGGAGACCCCCAGGACCUGGCCGUCACGGACCGGCUGGCCACGUCUGAGCUGGAGAAGGCCAUUGCGGAUGGAGUGCCGGAGUCCGUGAAGCUGCAGUACCGGGACAACAUCCGAUGGAUCCGAGAGGCGGCCAAGCACCAGCUGGUGGUGGGCUCCCAGGCCAGGAUCCUGUACUCGGACCAGAGGGGCCGCGUGGCCAUUGCUGUGGCCAUUAACCAGGCCAUCGCCAGUGGGAAGAUCAAGGCGCCAGUGGUCCUGAGCCGUGACCACCACGACGUGAGCGGCACUGACAGCCCCUUCCGGGAGACCUCCAACGUCCACGACGGCUCUGCCUUCUGUGCAGACAUGGCCGUGCAGAACGUCGUGGGAGAUGCCUGUCGUGGAGCCACCUGGGUGGCACUUCACAACGGAGGAGGCGUGGGCUGGGGUGAGGUGAUCAACGGGGGCUUUGGCCUGGUGCUGGACGGGACCCCCGGGGCCGAGCAGAAAGCCCGGAUGAUGCUCAGCUGGGACGUCUCCAACGGCGUGGCCCGGCGCUGCUGGUCGGGGAACCCCAAGGCCUACGACACCAUCCGCCAGGCGAUGCAGGAGGACAGCAGCUUGCUGGUGACCCUCCCGCACCCGGUGGAGGACGCGCGCCUGCUCCAGCGGGCCCUGCAGCCCUGAGGGGCAGCCGGGUCCCCCCUCCCCCCCCCCGCCCCCCUCAGCCAUCCGCACCCCGCCGGCCCCAGCACACACCUUACAC